AUGAUCAAGGAUCUCUUCAAAAUGAGUUUACAUCGGCCCCAUCAACCCAACCAAUUUACACUGAAUGGAAAGAUGGCUUGUAUUGGCUUCCGAGGUGGCAGAGAAGAGGGAAAAACUGCUGGAGUUUAUGCCUGGGCUGAUGGCCUUACAGCAGAGGAAAUUGGAACAGAACAAGAAAUUGAAUUGUCCCUUCCUGAUCAUAAUGAAUUCCUAUGUGAAAGAGUUUGA